AUGGAAAUUUUAAAACAGUUUUUCAAUGACAAUCAAUUACAAUGGAAAUAUUUGUUUGGAAUUACUACUGAUGGAGCUCCUGCCAUGAUGGGUUGUAAGUCUGGAUUACAGACUAGGGUGAAAGAGAUUGCUCCAAAUGUAGUUGGUGUACACUGUUUUAUUCAUAGACAGGCUUUGGCAACCAAAACUUUACCAGGUAGUUUGAAAACUGUAUUUAAUCAAUUAGUCAAGUUGGUCAAUUAUAUAAAAUCUUCUGCUCUUAACACUCGCCUUUUUACAAAAUUUUGCUCUGACCUAAAUGCUGAACACAAUAAGUUAUUGUUUUAUACUUCUGUGCGAUCUGCUGGAAAUUUUUUGGAAAGAUUUUUCAUGCUUAGAAAUGAAGUGAAAGAAUUUUUAUGUCAAAUGAAAAGUGGACUGGUAGAAUAUUUUGAAUUUGAUAAUUUUGAAAUAACAACUGCUUAUAUUGUGGACAUCGUAGGUCAUUUUAACAAGUUAAAUUUGCAACUUCAAGGCAAAAAUGCUAAUGUUAUUACACAUUCAGAUAAACUGAAGGCAUUUAUUGAAAAGCUCAAACUGUACAAGACUAGAAUUAAUAAUGGAAACUUGAUCAUGUUUCAAAAUUUAAAUAACAUAAUUGGAGUUAACAUGCUUCCUGAAGUUAUAAAGACAGAAAUAGUUUGUCACCUAGAUAAUUUGAUUACUGAAUUUGGUAACUAUUUUCCAGAUAUGAAUCUUUUGAGCAGUGAAGUUAUUAUAUCACCAUUUUCUUGUGAUGUGAAAAAUGUGAAAGAGGAAGCACAAGAAGAGUUUAUAGAGUUAAAGAAUGAUGCCACGGCUAAGGAUCACUUCAAAGUAGCACCAUUAAAUAACUUCUGGUUGAAAAUGAGGAAUUCAUAUUCAUUGUGUUCAUCAAUUGCACUUAAAGCCCUUAUUCCUUUUUCAACAUCAUAUUUGUGUGAAGCCGGGUUUUCAGCAUUGCUAUCUCUUAAAACAAAAAAAAGAAAUAGACUUGAUAUUGAUGCAGAUAUUAGAUGUGCUCUAUCAAAAACUAAACCAAAUUUUCAGAUAUUAAUUGCUAGUAAGCAGUGUCAGAAUUCACACUGA